UUUUUUGCCCCAUUAAAUGACCAUUUCUUUGUCAGAUUGAGUACAGUGGUUUUUAUUGAUUUUUCGCUGAUGAAAAUACUUGAAAUUAAUUGGACAUUUAGCCUCAUAUUUAUUGCUAACUUUUCUGCAGUUUUUGUUGUUUUUUGCAGGCAUUUCUAUUUCGUUUUUGUUUAUCACAUUUUGUUUGAUACUAUAGUUAUCUGUGAUAAACUUUGCAAUGGUGAAAUUAGGCUUGCUGUGAGGAAGGCCAAGAAGGAAAAGAAAGCGAAUGAUCCAAACUGGCCAAAGAGAUCUCCAAGUGCUUUCUUUGUUUUCAUGCUGGAGGGGCUGAUGAGUUCGAGGAGUCAAAGUCUGAGGUUAGCGGUGAUGAGGACAAUGAGAACAGUGGAGACGAUGAAGACGAUGAGUAAGCACCACCACAGAAAACUGGAUUUUGGAUUUAAGCGAGGGAACAAGCGUCUCUUUUUGGGCAAAAAAAGAAGAAGAGAGGAAACGCAUUCCCUGGUUUUCAUUAUUGUUACACGACGUAUUUAGAGGGAAGGAAUGAAGGAAGAGGGGGUUGAGAGUUUGUAGACCACAAGCAAGAGAUGGCAGACUACAAUAAGAAUUUGGCUUUCAUCUGGUCGUCCAUUCCCAAUACAAUUGCGAGACUUGAUUUGGUUAGAGACUCGUAGCUAAUUCAUCUACCAGGUCAAGAAAGUUAUUAAUUGGGUUAGUCGCUGUAAGCUUGUGGGCCAACCACCUAUAUGCAUGCCUGCUUUGCAUAUAUUUUGUUGCAAGUUCCGAUCCACGUCAGUUGAUGACGUGUUGUUUCCACCAAAUUUGACUCGUAAACAGUUUCUGUUAUUACAAGAGUUAGAGAAAGAGGCCAAUUCAAACCAUCAUUUGGUGACACUGUUUAAGAGCAAUCAAGGAACCAAUUUUUGUUGAGUGAAGCAAAUGCUAUGCUGAAGCAAACAAAAGAUAAUAACAAUUGAGGAUGAUCAAGUUCACAUUUCACUUUUUGUCUUUUCAUCCCUAUCUCUUUUAGAGUAAAGAUCAUUUGUAGCAUUACGUGGCUACCAAACAUUUCGAAUACUCAAGGGAACAUUGUAGAUGUAAUUACAAAUUCUGCAUUAUGUAAUAAGAGGAAUUUUCUUUUUUAUUCUAAAUAGAUUAUCAGGUAGGCUGUCAUUAUUUGCAGAAGUAA